CAUCUUAAUCUCGAGUGCAUAUGGCGUGUUGAAUCCAAUUACGUCAGAAACAAAAACUCUGCAUAUGGAAUUGCACAGCUAGCGUGUAUUGGUUGGAUUUGGAGGCUUCGAUCAGUAAGCUUGUUUGCUCCAGAUUCUCCUUCAUUCCGAUUCAUAAUCACUUUUCGACGUGAUUUUAUCAGAAGUCUGAAGUACGGAAUUCCUUUUUAAAGUUGGCAUUCGUCAGAAUUACACUUCUCAGUUCCUGAAACAAUGGCGACUCGCAUGAUCCUCGGAGCUAUCAGGAAACGCGCCGUUUUGUUGUCUGCCUCCCAUUUUCUGUCUCUCUCAUCCGUUUCGACUUCUAGAUAUGUUAGUACGCUGGUUAUAGCGGAGCACGAAGGUGGUGCUGUCAAAGCUCCUUCUAUCAGCGCGGUUGCGGCUGCCAAGUCCUUAAGUGAUGAUGCUUCAAUUUCUGUGCUUUUGGCUGGUUCGGGUCCUUCCCUUCACGAAGCUGCUUCGCAUGCUGCUUCAUGUCACCCUUCAAUCUCUCAGGUGCUUGUGGCUGAUUCAGAUAAAUUCAAGAACCCUCUAGCGGAGCCCUGGGCUAAAUUAGUUCAUUUAGCUCAGCAGAGUGGUGGUUACUCGCAUAUUAUUGCUGCCUCAAACUCAUUUGGGAAAAAUGUAGUGCCACGGGCAGCGGCUCUUUUAGAUGUUUCUCCAAUCACUGAUGUUAUCGGAAUUUCUGAGUCUCAUACUUUUGUGAGGCCUAUAUAUGCUGGAAAUGCGCUUUCAACUGUCCGAUACACUGGUGCUAACCCUUGUAUAUUGACAAUUAGACCUACUUCUUUUCCAGUUUCCCAGAAAACAGUUGAUUCAAAACCUAGCCAGGCUUCAAUAUCUCAGGUUGACCUUUCAACCUUUGAUGAAGAUCUUGGCAAGUCUAGAUACAUAUCUCACACAUCUCAGGAUUCAGAGAGACCAGAUCUUGGGAAUGCACGUGUUGUUGUUACUGGUGGUCGUGCAUUGAAAAGUGCUGAGAACUUUAAAAUGCUUGAAAAGCUAGCUAACAAGCUUGGCGCUGCUGUUGGGGCCACACGCGCUGCUGUUGAUGCUGGGUUUGUUCCCAAUGAUCUCCAGGUUGGGCAAACUGGAAAGAUUGUUGCCCCAGAGCUCUAUAUGGCGUUUGGAGUGUCAGGAGCUAUUCAGCACUUGGCAGGGAUGAGAGAUUCCAAGGUCAUCGUUGCUGUAAACAAAGAUGGUGAUGCUCCUAUAUUUCAGGUUGCUGAUUAUGGACUAGUCGGAGAUCUGUUUGAAGUGAUCCCAGAGUUACUAGAAAAGCUUCCUGAGAAAAAAUAAUUCAAUAAUCUGCAUUCCUUCAUUUCUACGAUCAAGAUGUAUCCUUGGAACUCUGUACUCAUUGACAAAAUGAAAAAAAUGGGUAGAUGCUAGUUGUGCUGUGGCAGUCAUUUUAAGCAAUAUAAGACUUCUUCAACUA